AUGAACGCUUUCGGUGUGGAUCUGGGUGCGGAAACUGGUAUAUUGGCAAUAAGUUUGAUGGCAAAUAGAAGACUUCAUACACUCGAACGUCUCCUGUGGUUCGGCAUAGUUUUUGUCUCGAUGUUUGCCGCAAUUAGUUUAAGUGGUGUCCAGCUAAAACGCUAUUUUAAUUCGCCGACUGUCAUCUCACUGGAUCGUGAUUAUCGCGGAUGGCAAGGCCCAUUGCCAGCUGUAACACUGUGUUAUUACGAUCAUAUUGAUUCCUUUAAAGCGAAUAAAUACAUACAGAAUAAAUGGAAUGUUUCCAUUGUAGAUAAUGAUUAUUUCUACUUUAUGGAUUUUCUCCAUGCUGUAGUCAAUGCAACCGCUAGCAAUUACGUUGAUUUGGCUCGUUUCGCUGAGGAUGAACGUUUCGAUGAUGUGAAUCUGUCGGAGUUGGUACAAGCGAUAGAUAGGCCUUUCGAACAAACCUUGACUAGCUUUGAUAACCAAAAUUCUACAAUUCAAAUAAUGCCUGUAAUGACGGAAAAUGGCUUUUGCUAUGCGAUUAAUUCACCUAUGUCGGAAAUGUUGGCUGGGAGAAGCAUUAACUACCAGGAUGUCAAACAACCGUUAACCUGUGAAUAUGGCAAACAUCAGUGCUUCAUUAAAAUGGAUUUGUACGAGAGUACGGGAACGGUGGUUGUACAUUCGCCAUUCGAGGUCUCAGCAAGCGAUGCUAAUAUUAUAGCCUUACACAAGUCCGAUGAAAUAAUUGCUUCCUUCAAGGUUAUCGAAACAGUUGCUUCGAAAAAUUUGCGUGAUCUACAUGUGGGUCAAAGGAAAUGUGUUUUCUAUGAUGAGGGGACGACCCAACUGAAGGUAUACAGUAAGACUUUGUGUUUGGUACGGUGUCGCGCUGUCAUGGCGUUGGAGAUGUGUAAUUGUGUGCCAUUCUUUUACACGUUUGUGGAAGGUCCUAGUUGUAAUCCUGCUGGUUUCGAAUGUCUAUUGGAUUUUAAGUGGCCCAUUUGGGCGCUACAUAUUUGCAAAUGUCCGAGUACUUGUACAGAAAUCGAAUACACUGUGCAGACAAUUAAAAAGAGCUUUUGGGGGGUCAAAAUGAAUGAUGAGGCCGUCAAUACAGAUGUCACAUCCAGUUUUCGUUGGGAUGUAAUACCACCGAAAGUGCGUAUGAGACGUGAUGUCGUCUUUAGCUUCGAAGACUUAUUAGUCUCAUUUGGCGGCACUUUGGCGCUCUUUCUGGGCUUUAGUCAAAUUUCUGUUGUACGCUUCGGGUAUGUGAUCACCUAUCAUUUGAUAAUGACGAUUGUGGAGUUGUUUGUUACCAUGAAAAAUUAUUGUGGAUGCAACGGGAGAAUUUUCGUACAAAAGCCGAUUUCCAAACGGAAUUUGUUGGUGCAGGAAAAGAAAAAUAACUGUUUUGCCUUGACCAAGAAACGUCAACAAUUAAUCUCUGUGCAUUCUAAAUUAUCACAAGAUGAUCUUCUGAGUGAUAGCACAGCUGACUGUAGUGGUGAAAAUAAUGCAACAACUGAUGCAAACAUUGUUAAACCUGAAUUCGAGUACAUCAAUUGAAUAAAUAAG